AUGUAUUGCAAGAUGGACAGGGCUUGCAAAGCCUCCCAGUCCUGCUGAUACCAACUGCCUUUAAGAUCCAGCCUUUCCUAUCCUAAUCUACAAAGGAAACAGGAAAAGGAACUUCAACUCCUGUGCCUCAGACAGCAAUGAGACUGUUACAGCCUGCUCCACUGCUUCUCUUUCUUGCCUCCAACGUGUAAACAAGACUGGCUAGAAUAUGCCUGUGGAAAGUCACAAAGCCCAGGAUUGGUGAGAGGAUCCUUGGGAACCCAUGUGUGGCUGUGGAAACUGGAUGGAGAGAUUCGCAAAAGCAUGGACUCUUUAGCCCGAUUAGUUCUUUACAGUGUCAGCCUGAUCAUUUCAGGGAAAGUGGAAGCUGCAAUGGAUCUUAUCCUGAUCAAUUCCUUGCCCCUUGUCUCUGAUGGUGAAACAUCCCUCACCUGUAUAGCCACAGGCUGGCGUCCUCAUGAACUCAUCACUAUAGGAAGAGACUUUGAAGCCCUAAUGAAUCAGCACCAGGAGCCCCUGGAAGUUACUCAAGAUGAAUCUAGAGAAUGGGCUAAAAAAGUUGUGUGGAAGAGGGAAAAAGCUAGCAAGAUCAAUGGGGCCUACUACUGUGAAGGGAAAGUCCGAGGAGAGUCCAUAAGGAUACGAACAAUGAAGAUGCGGCAGCAAGCUUCCUUCCUUCCUGACACUUUAACUAUGACUGUGAACAAGGGAGACUAUGUGAAUAUUUCCUUCAAAAAGGUGUUAAUAAAGGAAGAAGAUGCAGUAAUUUACAAAAAUGGAUCUUUCAUUCACUCAGUACCUAAGCAUGAAGUACCUGAUAUGCUAGAAGUUAAUGUGCCGAAUACUCAGCCUCAGGAUGCUGGUGUCUACUCAGCCAGAUACAUAGGAGGAAACCUCUUCACCUCAGCCUUCACUCGUUUGAUAGUUCGAAGAUGUGAAGCUGAAAAGUGGGGACCUGAAUGUCGAAACUCUUGUAAUCCUUGUUUAAACAAUGGAAUCUGUCAUGAAGAUACUGGAGAAUGUGUUUGCCCUCCUGGAUUUAUGGGGAAAACAUGUGAAAAAGCUUGUGAAAAGCACAUGUUUGGCAGAACCUGUAAAGAGAGAUGUGGAGGACCAGAGGGAUGCAAAUCAUACAUGUUCUGUCUCCCGGACCCUUAUGGCUGUUCCUGCGCCACUGGCUGGAAGGGCCUACAGUGCAAUGAAGCUUGCCAACCCAACUCUUAUGGACCAGAUUGUAAACUAAGGUGUGAGUGCACCAAUGGGGGAAUGUGUGAUCGAUUCAAAGGAUGCCUGUGUCCUCCUAACAGGCAUGGUCUACGUUGUGAGAAAGAAGGUACAAGGGUUACUCCUAAAAUAGAAGACUUGCCUGACCACAUGGAAGUAAACAGUGGCAAAUUAAACCCCAUCUGCAAGGCUUCUGGCCACCCACUGCCUGAUGCUGAAGAAAUGACCCUAGUGAAACCAGAUGGAACUGUUUUGCAACCUAAAUCCUUUGUACGAAAUAAUCGAUCAGAGGCUGAAUUCAGUAUCCAUCGGAUUCUACCCCCUGACUCAGGUGUUUGGGUCUGUAGCGUGAACACAGUGGCUGGGAUGGUGGAAAAAUCUUUCAACAUUUCUGUUAAAGUUCCCCCAAAGCCUGUGAAUGCACCGAAGGUGGUGGAAGCUGGUCACAACUUUGUUAUCAUCAAUAUCAGUUCUGAGCCUUACUUGGGAGAUGGACCAAUCAAGUCAAAGAAACUCCUAUACAAGUCCAGUAAACAGUAUGAGACCUGGAAGCAUCUGCAAGUAACUGAAGAAAUUGUAACAUUGGACUCUUUGGAAUCACGGACAGAAUAUGAACUCUGUGUUCAGUUGAGCCGCCGAGGAGAAGGUGGUGAAGGUCCAGGACCUGUCAAACGGUUUAUUACAGCAUCCAUUGGCCUUCCCCCACCAAGAGGUUUAAGUCUCCUACCAAGAAGUCAGACCACUCUGAAUUUAACAUGGCAACCAAUAUUUCCAACUUCAGAAGAUGACUUUUAUGUUGAGGUGGAAAGGAGAUCCAUGCAGGUCCAAAAUGAACAACAGAACAUUAAAGUACCAGGAAACCAGACCUCGGUGAUUCUUUACAACUUACAGCCCAGGGAAAAGUACAUAGUGAGAGCCCGAGUGAAUACCAAGUCCCCAGGAGAAUGGAGUGAAUAUCUUGUUGCCUGGACUCUUAGUGACAAGCUUCCUCCUCAACCUGACAGUAUCAAGAUUUCCAACAUCACUGACUCCUCUGCCAUCAUCUCUUGGUCAAUACUGGAUGGUCAUUCUAUUUCUUCUAUAAUAAUCCGUUACAAGAUUCAAGGCAAGGCUGAAGAAAACCACAUUGAAGUGAAGAUAAAGAAUGCCUCUGUCACACAGUAUCAUAUCAAGGGUCUAGAACCCCAAACAGCUUAUUGGGUUGACAUUUUUGCAGAAAACAACAUGGGAUCAAGUAACUCCCCAUCUUCACAUGAACUGAUAACACUCCCAGAAAAUAAAGAAUCAACAGACCUUGGAGGGGAGAAGAUGCUGCUCAUUGCCAUCCUUGGCUCAGCAGGGAUGACCUGUCUGACUGUGCUGUUGGCUUUCUUGAUCAUGUUACAGCUGAAGAGAGCAAAUGUCCAGAGAAGGAUGGCCCAAGCCUUCCAAAAUGUGAGGGAAGAACCAGCUGUGCAAUUCAACUCAGGAACUCUGGCCCUGAACAGGAAAGCCAAGAACAACCCAGACCCCACAAUCUAUCCAGUCCUUGAUUGGAAUGACAUCAAAUUUCAAGAUGUGAUUGGGGAAGGGAACUUUGGCCAGGUCCUUAAAGCUCGUAUCAAGAAGGAUGGGUUACGAAUGGAUGCUGCUAUUAAAAGAAUGAAAGAAUAUGCCUCCAAAGAUGACCACAGGGACUUUGCUGGGGAAUUGGAAGUACUUUGCAAGCUUGGACACCAUCCCAAUAUCAUCAAUCUACUGGGAGCAUGUGAACAUCGGGGGUAUUUGUACCUUGCUAUUGAGUAUGCUCCUCAUGGAAACUUACUCGAUUUCCUACGGAAGAGUAGAGUGCUGGAGACAGACCCAGCCUUUGCCAUUGCCAACAGCACGGCUUCCACACUGUCCUCACAACAGCUGCUACACUUUGCUGCAGAUGUGGCCAGGGGCAUGGACUACUUGAGCCAAAAGCAGUUUAUCCACAGGGACUUGGCUGCCAGAAACAUUUUGGUUGGAGAAAACUACAUAGCCAAAAUAGCAGAUUUUGGAUUGUCCCGAGGUCAAGAAGUAUAUGUCAAAAAGACAAUGGGCAGGCUCCCAGUACGUUGGAUGGCAAUUGAAUCACUAAAUUAUAGUGUAUAUACAACAAACAGUGAUGUGUGGUCCUAUGGUGUGUUAUUAUGGGAGAUUGUUAGUUUGGGUGGAACACCAUAUUGUGGGAUGACGUGUGCAGAACUCUAUGAGAAGCUCCCACAGGGCUACAGAUUGGAAAAACCCCUCAACUGUGAUGAUGAGGUGUAUGACCUAAUGAGACAGUGCUGGCGUGAGAAACCUUAUGAAAGGCCAUCAUUUGCUCAGAUACUUGUGUCCUUAAACAGGAUGUUAGAAGAACGAAAGACCUAUGUGAAUACCACUCUUUAUGAGAAGUUUACCUAUGCAGGCAUAGACUGCUCUGCUGAAGAGGCUGCUUAGGAAAGACCAUCUUCAUUGAUCACCUCUCAGAAAAGCCAGCUUCUCCAGCAUGCAAUGUGAUAUAGGCUGUAGAAAUGUGUAUAUCUUCUGUAUGUAUGAAACACUUUCAUUACAGAUACUUAUGUGUAUAUCUUACAAUAGGCUCUGACUAUAGGACUGUAUAUACUGUUUUGAGUAAGAAUGUGUUAAAACCCAGAAUUCUUGUUAUACAUUUGCAUAUACAAUAAUAUAUUUUUAUAGAAACGGGCCCCUUCUGGGAAGGUCCAUGGAAACACAUUUAUUGUCAUGCAUUUUUAUUACUGUACUAGAUUUGUUUUUAUGUUUUCUCUAGGAUUAUAUUGAUAACAAGUAUUUUAUAGCAACAGACUAUAAUUUUGCUAUAAACUUAAUGCAAUGAUAAACCAGAUAAGAAAAAUCUGGUAUUUUAACUCUCUUAAGCCAGAAAGCAAUAUUGAGUAGAUGUGGAGGUCAUUAAUUGACUGUUCAUAUGGUUUGAGAGUUCUUUUCUCUACAAAAGGAAAGAAAUGGUCUUUUGAUAUUUAAGAUCAUAUGUGACACCAUUCAUGUUCCUAUGAUGAUUUAGUCAUAUGUCUUUGGUGAACACAAGAUCGAUUCAGAAAAAGCAGCUUUCAGUAGCUAAUUUGAACUCAUUUUAUUUGUGGAGUGGCUGGACUAAAGUAUUAUUAGAAUUGCUGAAAAAUUCUAAAAAUAUUUUGCAUUCCUCAAUUCAUAUGUUUAGCUAACAACUUUUUUUUCCCUAGGGAAAUUGAUGCACUUAAGUAGUGUUUAGCUUUAAAAAAUAGAAAACCUACAGUUAUUUUAGGGUGCCACAUGGUAUUUAUCAUGCAGAAUGAACUUCCAUAAAUGUAUUACACAUUGUAAAAAUAAAUUUUGAUACAAUUGUU